GUUCACGAGUUAUGCGACAACUUCUGUGCUCGCUACAUAACCUGCUUAAAGGGCAAGAUGCCCGUGGACCUGGUCGUGGAGGAUCGCGAAUCCUCAGGCUCCGCCGGCUCUGCGAACGGCUCUCCUCCGCCUCCGGGUUGUGCGCUAUUCUCCGCAGGCAGCGGAGCCAGCGGGUACCUGACCGUUGACCCGGUGAAUGGUCAAUUGUUGGCCACGGCAACCAGCGUUUCUCCGUCCCGACCGAUGACGUCAGCUGUCGCCUCGGACCAACACGACCCAGCAGACUUCUGCUCUGGCCACAACUAUCCGAAUGGCUCGGUUACCAUGGCCACUCCAAGUGUCGCCAAGCCGGCGACACCCGCAACUCUGUCUCCGGCCUUAGUUGCCAUCGCGACAAACAGCAUCAGUGAUCCGACACCCUCCGAUUCACCAGACAUACACUCUCAUGACGCGAUGGGCACCAGCGCACAAUCUAUGUUCGUUGCCUCGACGACAGUCCUUUCACCGGACAAGCCGGCCACCUCAAGCCGUCCUGUUGGCAUGGUUUCGUCCGACGUGAUUACAUCCCCGACCAACCAAUCCGGCAACUCGUGCAUUCCAGACUCCUCCUCCGUGUCGACCUCGUCGACUUCUUCCACCAUUUCUUCAUCCUCGUUUGCGUCAACCGCUUCGCCCGGACACGAGAUGACACAAACAGAGGCCUCAACUUGCCCCAACCCCCUCGGCCGGCCUCGAAUGCCAUUGCAGCUGGCCCGACUGACAAACAGUCCCAUCGCAGAAGACACCAGAACCUCCAUCCUUCCCUCGGCUUCGCUGAGUACAGCCUACGCUUCAAGGAGGCAGGCGUCUGCUUUGGGCCUGUCGGCAACUGAUCGUCUUCACUGCCGCCCUCUGUUGCCCUCGGAGACGCCGGCAGAGUCGGUCAGAGGCAUCUCUUCAUCUGCGACCAAGUCGUGUUCGUUCAGCUUUUCGUCCGUACCUUCUUCCACCACUUCGCCACUCUCCUCUGCAGCCUCGAUAACAGCCACUUCUCCGUCGAUUGUCGCAUCUGCCGCCGCCUCCUUGACACGAAUUGGCCUCGGGCCUAGUCCACAGGUCGAGGCUGGCAUUGGAGGAAGUGGAGACAGCAAUAUUUGUACAGAACUCGGCUGCUAUGCCAACACUGGCAGAACUGCUAGAAGUGGCAAUAGAGACGGAGUGCAAGUUGGUGACUGCCGCAGCAACCCCAGCUACGAUGUACAUGGAUCGGUAAGUUGA